AGCCCAGAGGAGGAGAAAGGAAGGCUAUCCAGCAGUGGAAUCCCUCUGAAGGGGUGUGAGACUGAAGAGUGUGUGCCCAGUGAGGAGGAGGCAGGAGCUGGAGUUGGGGGCAUAUUUAGAAGGAACUGUAAGAGGACAUCAUGAUGGAGAACCGGCCUCCCUUCACAUUAAAGGAUGGAUCCAGUAACAGAAAUCCCUCAGAGAGAUGUCCCCGUCCUCUGUAUUCCCGGGACUCCACACAGGAACAUCAAAAGAUUAUCCAGGAUUAUCAGGGUGAAGGAGUCAUUGUUGUCAAAGUUGAAGAAGAGGAAGAAGAAGAAGACGCAGAAGAUGAAGAAGAGAUGUAUGAGAUGGGUGAUCAGCAAUACAAGGGGGACGUUCCUCCAGAGAUCAGCACAGAACCCGGAGACACUCAGAGAGACGUCAAAGCUGAGGAGGAGGAAGAAGGACAUGUGAGGUUUAAAGAGGAGGACAUUCCUAUAGAAAUCAGCACAGUUGGAUCUAGUAAUAGAAAUGCCCCAGAGAGAAGUCCCAGUCCUCUUUAUUCCCAAGAUGGCACACAGGGUCGUCACAAGAUCCCUCAGGAUGAUCAGGAUACAAAUAUAAUUACUGUUAAAGAAGAAGCAGAAGAGACAAAUGGGAGUGAUGAUGAGCCCUGUAAGGAGGAGGAAAAAUCUUCAGAGAUAGGCUCGGAUGGACGAUAUAAAAGAUACAACGCGGAGAAACAUCCCACUGUCUCGUCCGACAGUAAAACAGAAGACGAUGACAUUCCUGAUCCCUCAUCUAUCAUCACUGUACACAUAGGAAUGAGAAUGUUUCCGUGUUCUAGGUGUGGCGAACGUUUUGAUAGCAGAGAUGAACUCACUUCACACCAGAAGACUCACGCAGCAGGGAAGAUGUAUUCAUGCUCUGAGUGUGGGAAAAGUUUUACCCAGAAAUGUCUUCUCCGGAGGCAUCAAGCAUGGCACAGUGGCGACACACCCUUUUCCUGUUCGGAAUGCGGGAAGUGUUUUGUACAGAAGUCAGACGUCAUCAGACAUCAAAAAACUCACACAGGAGAGAAGCCAUUCUCAUGUCCCAAGUGCGGGAAAUGUUUCUCCCGGAAGUCAAAUCUCAUCACACACGAGAAAGUUCACACUGGAGAGAAGCCAUACUCUUGCUCUGUGUGCGGGAAAUGCUUCAGUGUGGGAUCCAACCUCGUCACCCACGAGAGAACGCACAGGGCCGAGAAGCCGUUUUCCUGUUCUGGGUGCGGGAAAUCUUUCACCCAAAGAGGGCACUUGAUUUCACAUCAGAGAAACCACUCGGGGGAGAAGCCCUUUUCAUGUGCUGAGUGCGGGAAAUGUUUUUCAUGGAGGAAACAACUUCUCACGCACCAGAGGAGCCACCGAGGCGAGAAGCCGUUUUCCUGUUCGGAGUGCGGGAAGUGUUUUACAGAGAGGAGCAAUCUCGUCAUUCACGAGAGAAGCCACAGAGCUGAAAAGCCUUUUUCCUGUUCAGAAUGCGGCAAAUGUUUCACCCGGAAAGAAACGCUCAUAACGCAUCAAAGGUCCCACACAGGGGAGAAACCGUUCUCCUGCGCUGAAUGCGGCAAAUGUUUUUCUCGGAAGUCAUAUCUUCUCACCCAUGAGAAGGUUCACAGAGGGGAGAAGCCCUACUCUUGUUCGGAGUGCGGGAAAUGCUUUACCGACAGAUCAAACCUGGUCACUCAUCAAAGGAUCCACACUGGCGAUCGCCCCUAUUCGUGUUCUGAAUGCGGGAGGGCUUUUACCCAGAAGUCUGACCUCGUCAGGCACGAAAAAAUUCACACCGGGGAUCAACCCUAUUCGUGUUCUGAAUGCGGCAAACAGUUUUCGGAGCGGUUUUCCCUCAUGACACACCUGAGCUCACACAGGGGACAAGACGUUCCUGAGCCCGGAAGUGGCAGCUGAGUAACAUUAGAGAGAUGAUGAUACUCAGAAAUAAACUGACGUUUUACAUUUUAAAAACCGAGCAAUAGUGAAAACAAAACCUUGGAAACAAUGGUGGGAAUUUUACUAAAACUGGAGUGUGCAAAAUCUGAUCCAGCUCUGCAAAGAAACCAAUCAGCUUCCAGGUUUUAUUGUCAAACCCUAAAUCGCCAUUCACACUAGUGCGAUUCUAAAGUCGUGCGAUUUUGAUGCAACUUCACACUCUCUGGCACUAAAGUCACAUCAACUUCAAGUCGCAGAGUCAGAACUGGGGUGAUAUUGAAACCAGUGGGCUGUGACUUGUCAUGCGACUUUGUGUCCAAGGUCGCAUGCCAAAUCGUGUUAGCUUAACCCGUUCAUCCAUGGAAGGAUUUACCCCCUUAACCACUUAAGCCCCGGAACCAAA